AACCUUCAAAAAAUCUUAAAUUUCAAUUUAUUCGCCUCAAAAUUGACUUGGAUGCAGCAUCCGGAGGCACCUUUUAUACCAGAAGUCUCCCCAUUCACACCUAUUUGGCCCCAUCAGGAUGCCCCACCACCCAUUGUCUCUUACCCAGAACUGAUUGCCGGGUUUCCGUGCUCAGAUUUGGGUCAACGUCUAUCGCCACGGAGUGGGCAUCCAGCACCCAACGGAUCCACAAAGAAGACCCGACGGCGGGUGGCGUCCAUGGCACAGCGUCGGGCCGCCAAUAUUCGCGAGAGGCGACGGAUGUUUAAUCUCAAUGAGGCUUUUGAUAAGCUAAGACGAAAGGUGCCAACAUUUGCAUAUGAGAAGCGUCUGAGUCGCAUUGAGACACUCCGAUUGGCCAUCACCUACAUCAGCUUUAUGACGGAACUCCUCAACGGAAGUCCCGGCGGCCAUGAAACGCGCUCCCCGGAAAUGUAUGCACCUCACCUGGCCCAUGCACAUGCCCACGUUCAUCCGCCCCUUCAGCGGGACUACCUCUCCUCCUAUGGCGCUCAUACAGGAUAAAUUAUGCAAAAUUUAGGUCACUUUCCCACCAUCAAUCAAUGAAUGGAUUUCCAUUCAUCGAAUCAUCCAUCAUCAAUGCACUUUGUUCCAUUUUAUUUGUGAGUAAAUUAAUAAAGAAUCGAAGCU